AUGGGCAAAAAAGAUAAAUCAUCGUCCUCGUCAUCAAAAACAAAAUCAUCAGAGGAACAAUCACAACUCCCAACCAAUUUGGAAGUUAAAAAGACUGAUUCUAGUGAAUUCCCUCUCUUGUUGAAGAAUUAUGAAAGUUUAAAUUCAAGAACUGGACACUACACUCCUAUUCCAGCCGGUAACACACCAACCAAGAGAAAGCUCGAUGAAUACCUCAAAUAUGGUGUCAUCAAUUUGGAUAAACCAGCAAAUCCUUCUUCUCACGAAAUUGUUGCAUGGGUAAAGAAGAUUCUUGAAGUUGAAAAGACAGGUCAUAGCGGUACAUUGGAUCCUAAAGUUACCGGAUGUUUAAUUAUCUGUUUGAAUCGUGCCACUCGUUUGGUGAAAUCACAACAAGGUGCUGGUAAAGAGUACGUUUCUAUUUUGAAAUUAAACGGAGACGUCCAAGGAGGAAUGAAGGCUGUUGAGGAAGCUUUGAACACAUUGACCGGAGCAGUUUUCCAAAUGCCACCAGAAAUCUCUGCCGUUAAGAGACAAUUACGUAUUAGAUCUAUUUAUGAUGUUAAACUUUUUGAAUUUGAUCCAAAGAGCAAUAUGGCCGUUUUCUGGGUUAAAUGCCAAGCAGGUACUUACAUUAGAACUUUGUGCGAUCAUUUAGGUUUGUUGUUGGGAACUGGAGGUUCAAUGUUUGAAUUGCGUCGUGUUAAGAGUGGUGCUUUGAGUGAAAAAGAUUUCCUCUACACCAUGCAUGACGUUUUAGAUGCUCAACAUCUUUACAAGACCUCCCAUGAUGAGAGCUAUUUGAGACGUAUUGUGAAACCAUUGGAAAUUUUGUUAGUCAAGUAUAAGCGCAUCAUUGUUAAGGACAGCGCUGUUAACUCAAUUUGCUUUGGUGCUCAACUAAUGAUUCCUGGUGUUUUACGUUUUGAUGAUUCUAUUGAAACUGGUGAAGAAGUUGUUCUUGUCACUACAAAGGGUGAAGCCAUUGGUACUGCAUAUGCAGUUAUGACCUCAAUUCAAAUUCAAUCCAUGGAUUAUGGAGUUGUUUGUAAGACAAAGAGAGUUAUUAUGGAUCGUAAUACUUAUCCAAGACGUUGGGGUUUGGGUCCUGUCUCAAAGUUGAAGAAGGAGCUCAUCCAACAAGGAAAGUUGGACAAGUAUGGCCAACCUAAUGAAACUACUCCUGAUGUUUGGUUGAAUAAUUAUCGUGAUGUUUCUGCAAACAAAUGGUUCUUCUUACAAAAGCCAGCAAUUAACGCAGCUCUUGGAAAGAAGAAUGAGAGACAAGAAAUUUUGGACCAAAUCAAACCAAAGAGUGGAGCUGGAGGAAACCAACAAGAAUCUAAGAGUAAGAAGAUUGACUUGAAGAAACCAACUCCAAAGAAAGUUGAACCAGUUCAAGAAGAUGACGAAGAUGACAAGAAGAGAAAGAGAAAGGAAGAAUCUUCAGAGUCUGAACAAGAAAGCAACAAUGGCAAGAAUAACGAAAGCAGAGCAGAGUGUUCACAGAUAUCGAUGAUGAAGCUCAAGAAAGAAUAUCAACUUGAAUAUUGA